CAACUGCUGGUUCUCGGCAGCACUUUCCUCACGCUUUGACAGCAUGAGGAAAGUGCAGCCGAGAACCGGCAAUUGCAUUUCCGGGUGAUCAGCAUGUCAUUGGACACAGCUGAUCACGUGUUGUCAGAGCGGGGAUCGGCACCCGAUCAUCAGGGCUCUGAAUGAUCAGUGCCCUGAUGAUCGGUGCCCAGCAGUGGACCCCCGCAAGUUUCCCUAUCAGCAGUGCGCCCACUAGCCCCGCCCACCCAUUCCCAGCAGUGAUGCCCCACCUGUGCCCAGCAGUGCCCCCACCUGUGCCACUCUGCAGUGCCACCUACCUG